GAUGGGUCCGUCUGUAACUCCUGUCCUGGAUGUGCUUGGGGAGCUCCGUUUGGACUUGAUCAGUGACAUGCUGUGGAAAGACAUCAGUUUCAUCUCCUCACUGUUUGGUGACGGCCUGCGGCCAUUCUUAUCCUCCGCCUCAGGAAGCCUUCUGCAGUGUGUCAGCGGCAAGAACCUCACAUGUCAAACCUUCCAGCACAUUGUGAGUGAGUUCAGUCAUCAGUUUGAUCACAUGAGAGAGGAGCAGGCAGAGGAAGUCCUCAAAUUCUUCAUCCUGCCCUUCCUGUCCAGAAACUCCUCAGACUCUGGAUGCAUCUCCAACAACAGCAUGGCAUGGCUUCUCAACAACUAUGGGAGAUUCUCUGUCCUCGUCCCACUCAAAAGUCUAUUUGAUCUCAAUAAGGACUUUGAUCCACUGGCAGUAUUGGAUCUUCUCAGUCCUAAGCAGACGGCUGAGUUGAUGGUUCUGCCUCUCCCUCAUCCCCAAGGCAAAGAUGAGGUCAUCAACAGAGUGCUGGAUCACCUGCUGGAGUCACCAGUGGAGCGGAACCUUCCAGAAGUUCUGUAUCACGUCGUCUUACUCUCCACACAGCUUGAACUACCUUGUGAGUUCUAUCAAGCAAUAAUCCCGAGGCUGAGGGGAUCGUUGACGUCAGUACCAGGAGAUCUGGAGCCAAUCAUCAGUGGAGUUGUGGAACAACUACUCCAACUUACUCCAAUAGAUUGUGAAGUGCCUCCAAUACCUCCUCCAACUCAGUGUCCUACAUCACCAGGUAAUGGGACAGAUUGUCCAGUGCCUCCGUCAGCUCAGUGUCCUACAACACCAGUCAAUGAAAGCCGAAUCUGUGAUGGUGGAAACAGCAAUGCCCUGCAGUCAUAUCUGGCUGCUGGACUGGUCCCCUGUAACAUCAGUCUGGAGCAGUAUGCCUGUGCACAGCUGACAGGAUUCACUGCACACAAUCUCACCCAACUCCUGGUGUGCAAGCUGUCCAGCAACAUGACUUACUCUAGGGAGACCUGGAAGCUGCUCCUCACCAAAACCUCUGCUGUUCUGGAUGAAGCUCUCAUCAUGGUCUCCCACGUGGUCUCCAACAUGUCUCUGACAGUGAUGGGUCCGUCUGUAACUCCUGUCCUGGAUGUGCUUGGGGAGCUCCGUUUGGACUUGAUCAGUGACAUGCUGUGGAAAGACAUCAGUUUCAUCUCUGCACUGUUUGGUGACGGCCUGCGUCCAUUCUUAUCCUCCGCCUCAGGAAGCCUUCUGCAGUGUGUCAGCGGCAAGAACCUCACAUGUCAAACCUUCCAGCACAUUGUGAGUGAGUUCAGUCAUCAGUUUGAUCACAUGAGAGAGGAGCAGGCAGAGAAGGUCCUCAGAUUCUUCAUCCUGCCCUUCCUGUCCAGAAACUCCUCAGAUCCGGAAUGUAUCUCUAACAACAGCGUUGAAUGGCUCCUCAACAACUAUGGGCGAUUCUCUGUCCUCGUCCCACUUAGAAGUCUACUUGACCAGAAUAAGCACUUCAAUCCACUGGCUGCCCUGGACGUCCUCUCUGCCCAGCAGAAGGCUGAGCUGGUCCUCCUGCCGCUCCCUGGCCUCCCUCCUAAAGGGGAGGUCAUCAGGGUCGUCUUCGCCCACCUCCUGGAGUCUCCUGUGGGGCGUCAGAUGUCCGAGGUCCUUCGUCAUCUCGAUAGGAUCUCUGCACAGAAUGAGAUACCAUGUGACAUACUCCAGCCAGUAUCGGAAAACCUGUACCUGGCUCUGUCCUAUGUUCCUCCUGCACUAGAACCCAUUAUUUACGCAACCGCAGAUCAGUUGAGAUGGAACGCACCACAAGGUUAUUUUUUAACGUAUAAUACUAUAUAUUGUUGUGCUUGAAUUGUUCAACUGUGGAUCUGUCUAUCUAUCGUACCAUCUAGCUUCAUAAUGAAUCCAUAUUAGUUAUAAUUCUUUUUUUUAUACUUGACAUACUUUUGUUCUUUGUAUUUGUGUUGUCUGUCUAUCUCUGUACUAUACAUAUUUCCAUAAAACGUAUAACAACACAAGAUAAAAACAUAUAACAAUUUCCACUAUACUAACUUGAUGAUUAAGAGAAUUUCAUUUUGUGUAAAACAUUUUUAUUUGUCUAUUUUUUUUUCAAUCUAGGUUGCAAGCUUCCUCUACCACCUUCAGUAAGUCUAAUAUAUAAAUCAAUAUUGUCUCAUAUUGUUUAAUUAAAGGGAAAAAGUUCAUGAGUAUGAUUAUAUACCUUUCUUUUCCACUCUAGUGUCCUUUCACAAAGAUCAAUGGUAAGUUUGCUGUCAAAUAGUGGCUAAGUUUAUGUCAUCGCAUAUGAUCUUUUUUCCUUCAUACUACCUAAUCUUGAUAAUGUAUCAUCAUCAUUUCUCAUAUUCUCUGCAGAGAGUGACAUCUGUAAUGGAAUCAACAGGUAUGCACAUUCACGUUUACUGUCUUGAUC